AUGCGAAAAUCCUUGCUCAGGCACUUGAAAAAUCCCGAGAACCGAUUUGUUUGGUUAAGGGGUUCUCCCGGGACGGGGAAGACUGCGAUCUCUUUGAGUGUCGCAUCCACUCUCGAGAAAUGCGGUACUCUGGCAGCGUCAUACUUCUGGGAUAAGAACCAGGGAGAAAUGGGCUUGGAUUCCAUCGAACAGUUUCCCUCUACCCUUGCUCACCAGCUUGCAUCCUUCAGCGAGGACUUCAAAUUGUCGCUUGUCAGACACCUUCAGAAACCGACUUUGGCCUCAGUUCAAAAUUUCCCCUUGGAAAAACAAAUGAAAAUGUUGAUGAUUGAGCCGAUGCAUGAGCUGAAGGACAUAUGGUCUUUGGGCAAGGAUCGCGUUGUCAUUGUCUUGGAUGGCCUCGAUGAGUGU